UCACUUAUUCAUAGUCUGUGUUCUGUUGUGCUCUCGUGUUGUUUUGAUUUGAUUUCGAUUUUGGAUGGUGUUAAUUGUGUUAUCAAGGUGUUAUGCUACUAAUUUCACUAUUUUUGAAUGUAAAUACUAACGUAAACUUACAUCGUAAACAUACUUACCUAUUAUUUCAUUACAUGCAACCAAGUGAUACAAUGCAAACUUGCUGACACUAAAAAGUUUUUAUGGUACUGGUGAAAACCCAAUUAAAAAUGCAAAGUGACCAGGACACCGACUCGUCGACUGCCGGUGCUUCGCCGCGCAGCUUCUAUAUCGAGUCACCGCACAGCUCGCCGGGACAACAAGUGCCUUACUUAACUAAUUACAUGACAGUACUGUCCUGUGCAGAUAAUAACUUAAUGGAUACAGGAAGCAAUGGACCAUUCCUGAGCAUCACGGAGCAGCCAUGUGACCACUUCCGGUUCCGCUACAAGAGCGAGAUGGUUGGCACUCACGGCUGCAUUGUUGGCAAGACCAGCGCCAGUAACCGCACCAAGACAUACCCUUCUGUUGUUCUUCUCAACUACAAAGGCCGCGCCACCAUCAAGUGCAGCCUGGCGCAGCACAACAACCGCAAGCAGCACCCGCACCAGCUGGUCGAGGACGACCAGGAGCGCGACCUGAGCGCCGAGGUCAACCCCGAGAAGGGGUAUGAAGUUGGAUUUCGUGGCAUGGGCAUAAUACAUACAGCGAAGAAAGAUGUUCCGGCACUCCUAUACAAGAAAUUGAGUGAGCGACUGCCACAUUUCAAUGCCCGUGAGCUGAAAGCCCAGUGUGAGAACGAGGCGCGCAGUAUAAACCUCAACAUCGUGCGCCUCAAGUUCAGUGCGCACAAUGUCGACACGGACGAGGAGAUAUGCGCGCCGGUGUUCUCGGAACCUAUCCACAACAUGAAAAGCGCCGCGACGAACGACCUGAAGAUCUGCCGUAUGAGCCGCACGUCGGGGCGCCCGCGCGGCGGCGACGACGUCUACCUACUCACCGAGAAAGUUAACAAGAAGAACAUCGACAUUCGCUUCGUGCAACUGGAACGCGGCGAGGUGUGCUGGACCGGCAAGGCCAGGUUCCUCAUGAGCGACGUGCACCACCAGUACGCUAUUGUGAUCAGAACACCAGCAUACAAGAACCCCGAGAUUACGUCAGACGUAAAGGUUUACGUAGAACUAUUCCGCCCCUCCGAUGGCCGCUCCAGCGAACGCAUAGAGUUCACAUACAAGGCGGAAGAAGUCUACAAACAAAGCAAGAAACGGAAGGCCAACUCUUACUCGUCUAUCGGAAGUUCGUCUAGCGGUAAUUCAAUCAAAAGCGUCAGCGAUCUUCCAGCAACUGUUAUUAUGGCCAAUGAAAUGAACGCAGCUAACAACAACUUCAGCAAAAUCUCUUCAAUGUUGAGCCCAAACAAUAUCCCAGAAAUACCGGCACAAACGACAGUGGGUCUAUCAGACGCUCUCUACGACAUCACAGUGACAGAAGACCACCAAAUGCAUAUCAGUCCCAUGCUAUGCCAACCAGUAGAAGAGCCAUAUCCCCUCAAGCUUAAUUCGCAAGAUAUCAUACAAGUGAAUUUGAACUCUAAGGAUAUCGACCAACUGCUUAAAGUCAACAGUGUGCCUGAUACCGAUAAAGACUUUGCUGACUUCAAUUUUAGUGACUACUACAAGGCGCUCGAUAGCAACUUCUUAGGUGAUGGUGGUGGCGAUAGCUUCAGUCAGUGUAUCUUUAACUCUAUGCAACUGAGGCCUGACUCUGGCAGAAGCACGGCGCAAACGCAAGCGUCAAGUUCUAAAAGCAAUAUGGCCAUCUCGGAAUCAAGCAAGAAUGCUGACGCAGCGCCCGGCACCACUCCCAUGGAUAAAGGGGAUAAUUACGAGGCUUACUUCACGCAAAAAGACGGCAUGGAGGUUAAAAAGCUGGUGAAGGAGCUGUGCGACAUGAUCCGCAACAAGACAGUGUACAAGAAGCCCAUAGUGCGCGCGAAGCUCGAGCGCCUGUUCGAGUUGAGGCUGUCCAAUGGAGACACAUUCCUCCACAUGACGGUCCGUAACAGCAUCCUACCCAGCAUGCAGUACAUCGUGAAGCUCAUCCACUCUGUGAAGAUGGUGCAGUUGUUGAACGAGGGCAACCACCUGCGACAGACUGUACUUCAUCUGGCUGUGAUGCAUGAACUGACGCAGCAGAUACCUUAUCUUGUGGCUAAAGGUUGCAACCCGAUGUGUGAAGACAAGGAGGGCAACAACGCCAUCCACUACGCGGUCAAGUUGAACCGCUGUCUGAAGCCUCUGCUUGACGGGAUCCGGGUGGCUGAUGUGGAAUGCGAUAUCAAUGCCACCAAUAAAGAGAAACAAACGCCCCUACAUCUAGCCGCAACCAGUACGCACGCCAGUGUGAAGUUGCUCCUGAGUCACAAGGCUAGCUACAGCGCGAGGGACCUCAACGGACGCACGCCGCUACACUUAGCUGCAUACGAGCCUUGCCUACCCAUCAUGGAGGCACUGUUGGAGUAUAUACCGCCGAGUGACAUAGACGUGGUGGACGGGCAGGGCUACACGGCUCUGCAGAUCGUGUGUGGCAUGGAGUCUACGCCAGACACAGUCAAAAUAGUCGAGCUGUUACUGCAGAAAGGGGCUGACCCACUAAUAAGCGAAGAUCAUAAUGAGUCGGCAUGGAAGGAAGCAAAUAAGAAGCCUGAAGUUCGAGAGUUGAUGAAGAAGUACCUACCUUCUUACAAGUGUUGGGAGGAUGACGUCAAGUCAGAAGACGAAUUUGAAUCGGCGGAUGAAGGGGAGGAGUCAGGUCUAGAAGCCUUGUCAGCGUACCUCCCGGAGCUAGCGGACACGCUGGACCGGAGCGGCGGCUGGCGGGAGCUCGCGGCGCGGCUGCAGUGCGACUCCGCUAUGAGCUGGUUCGAGAAGACCAGCAGUCCCACCAGGACGCUCAUGCAUCAGGUUAAGGAAUGCCGAGAAGAUGUGACGUCGCUGUCGGUGGCCAAGAUUUUACGUGAUAUGGGCGAACUAGAAGCUGCUAAUGUGAUUUUGCGUUAUGUCGAUGUGUAGUAUGCUAGUAACUGUUACGUGUAUUAAUUAGGCGUCUAGUGAGAAUAAUGUAAGAGAAUGGGCCUUAUUC